GUGGAGACGAAGAUGGCGGCGGCGGUGACGGCACUGCCCGGGCGCCCGAGGGCCGUCAGCCUCUGAGCGCGGAGCCGUGCCGCUCCGCCGCGGGGAGCGCUGCCGGCCUUGCUCCCCGGGCCGGAGCCUGAGGGCCCCCCUCCGUCUGAUCCGACCUUCCCCUCCUCCCCGGCCUCUCUGUGUCUUCCCCCAGCCUUCUCCGCAGAGGCCAUGGAGGACGAGGAGCGGCAGAAGAAGCUGGAGUUCGGCAAAGCGAAGCUUGCCCAGUUUCGACAAAGGAAAGCUCAGUGUGAUGGGCAGAAUCCUUCUAAGAAGAAAAAAAAGAAAAAUACUUCAAGCAGUAAACUUGAUGUAUCAGCAUACCAUGCUUUGAAUAUUGAGCAAUCACAGAAUGAUGAGAAGUAUAUGAAUAGUUCUCAGGGAGUAGGAUCCGUCGUGACUCCUGAAUCCACAGUAAUGAGAACACUACACAGUGGAGAAAUAAUCAAACAUGAGCAGGUCUUCUCUGUUGAACCAGAAAGUGAAAUUUCAACCACAGCCGAAGAUUAUAGUUCAGAGGUAAAUGGUUGCAGUUUUGUGGUGAGAACAGGAAAGCCUACAAAUUUAUUAAGGGAAGAAGAAUUUGGUGUUGAUGAUUCUUAUUCUGAACAUGGAGCACAGUACAAUCCGACCCACCUAGAGAUGAUGGAAAAUGAAUUGGUUGGGAAACAGCAUGAGAUUGAGGAGCUAAACAGAGAACUGGAAGAAAUGAGGGCCACCUAUGGGACUGAAGGACUACAGCAAUUACAAGAAUUUGAAGCUGCCAUUAAACAAAGAGAUGGCAUCAUAACUCAGCUUACUGCUAAUUUACAACAAGCAAGAAGAGAAAAGGAUGAGACAAUGAGAGAAUUUUUAGAAUUGACAGAACAAAGCCAAAAUUUACAGAUUCAAUUUCAGCAUUUACAGGCUAGUGAAACUCUGAGAAACAGCACUCACAGUAGCACUGCUGCAGAUUUACUACAAGCCAAACAACAAAUUCUCACUCAUCAGCAACAGCUGGAAGCACAAGACCAUCUCUUAGAAGAUUAUCAAAAAAAGAAAGAAGACUUCAAAAAGCAAAUCAGUUUUUUGCAAGAGAAAAUUAAAGCAUAUGAAAUGGAACAAGAUAAAAGAGUAGAAAGUUCAAAUAAAGAAGUUCAAGAAAAGGAGGCAAUCAUUGAAGAAUUAAAUACAAAAAUAAUUGAAGAAGAAAGAAAAACUUUUGAGCUAAAGGAUAAAGUCACAGCUGCUGACAAAUUACUGGAAGAAUUACAAGAACAGGUUGUACAAAAGAACCAAGAGAUAAAAAAUAUGAAUUUAGAGUUGACUAAUUCCAAGCAAAAGGAAAGACAGUGUUCUGAGGAAAUAAAACAAUUAAUGGGGACAGUUGAAGAACUUCAGAAGAAAAACCAUAAAGAUAGCCAAUUUGAAACUGAUAUCCUGCAAAGAAUGGAACAAGAAACACAAAGAAAGUUAGAACAACUCCGGGCAGAGCUGGAUGAGAUGUAUGGACAGCAGAUAGUACAGAUGAAACAAGAGUUAAUAAAACAACACAUAUCACAGAUAGAUGAACUAAAAACACAACAUAAGGCAGAGAUGGAUAAUGCUUUAAGAUCAUAUCCAAAUACUACAGUUAAUGAAGAUCAAGUAAAGUUAAUGAAUAUGGCAAUAAAUGAACUGAAUAUAAAAUUGCAAGAUACUAACUCUCAAAAAGAAAAACUCAAGGAAGAACUAGGAAUAAUUUUAGGAGAAAAGUCUGCUCUACAAAGACAGCUUGAAGACCUUUGUGAAGAAUUGAGCUUUUCAAGAGACCAAAUUCAGAGAGCUAGACAGACAAUAGCUGAACAAGAAAGUAAACUAAAUGAAGCACAUAAGUCCCUUAGUACAGUGGAGGAUUUGAAAGCUGAGAUUGUAUCUGCAUCCGAAUCCAGGAAGGAACUAGAAUUAAAACAUGAAGCAGAAGUUACAAAUUAUAAGAUAAAACUUGAAAUGUUGGAAAGAGAAAAGAAUGCUGUGUUAGAUAGAAUGGCGGAAUCACAAGAAGCUGAAUUAGAGAGACUGAGAACACAGCUUCUGUUUAGUCAUGAAGAAGAACUUUCCAAACUAAAGGAAGAUUUAGAAAUUGAGCAUCGAAUAAAUAUUGAAAAACUUAAAGAUAAUUUAGGCAUUCACUAUAAACAGCAGAUAGAUGGCUUACAGAAUGAAAUGAGUCAAAAGAUAGAAAACAUACAGUUUGAAAGAGACAAUUUGAUAACUAAGCAGAAUCAAUUAAUUUUGGAAAUUUCAAAGCUAAAAGAUUUACAGCAGUCCCUUGUGAAUUCAAAAUCAGAAGAAAUGGCUCUUCAAAUCAAUGAACUUCAAAAAGAAAUUGAAAUACUCAGACAAGAAGAAAAGGAAAAGGGUACACUUGAACAAGAGGUUCAAGAAUUGCAACUUAAAACUGAAUUAUUGGAGAAACAAAUGAAGGAAAAGGAGGAUGACCUUCAAGAAAAAUUUGUGCAACUUGAAGCAGAGAAUAGUAUUCUUAAAGAUGAAAAAAAAGCCCUUGAAGACAUGUUGAAAAUACAUACUCCUGUUAACCAAGAAGAAAGAUUAGUUUGCAUGGGCCCCAUUAAGUCCAAAUCCAAAGAUGGUAGCUGGCAAACAGAAAUAGAAAUGCUCACUGAGGAAAACGAAGACCUCAAAAAACAAUGUACUCAGCUAAAUGAAGAGAUUGAGAAGCAAAGAAACACUUUUUCAUUUGCUGAAAAAAAUUUUGAAGUUAACUAUCAAGAGUUACAAGAGGACUAUGCUUGCCUUCUCAAGGCAAAAAGUGAUUUAGAAGACAGUAAAAAUAAACAAGAGGUAGAGUAUAGAAGUAAGCUUAAAGCACUUAGUGAAGAACUUCAUCAUUUGCAAAGAAUAAAUCCACCUACAGCAAAAAUGAGAAGUUCAAUAUUUGAUGACGACAAAACUUUUAUAGCAGAAUCAUUGGAAAUUGGUGAGGUGGUUGAGAAAGAUACUACAGAACUUAUGGAAAAACUUGAGGUAACCAAGCGAGAAAAAUUAGAACUGUCAGAAAGACUGUCUGACCUUUCUGAACAAUUAAAACAGAAACAUGGUGAAAUUUGUUUUCUAAGUGAAGAAGUUAAAUCUUUAAAGCAAGAGAAAGAGCAAGUUUUAUUGAGAUGUAAAGAGCUAGAAGUCAUAAUUAACCAUAAUAGGACAGAAGAUGUAAGAGGAUGUGAUGUUCAGUUAUGUUCUUUAAAUGAUGGAGUUGUGACUUUGACAAGCAGGGAAUCUGGAGGAUCAGUUUCUAAAAUAAGUAAAGAUUUUGGUGCAUCAAAAAUAGUGGAGGAUGAGAAAAUACCUUUUGAAAAUAUGACUAUUGGGAAAGAAAGCAAACAAGAACAGUUGUGUUGGGAUCACUUGCCAUCUGUGACAAAUGAAUUAUCACUUGGGAUAACUGAACCAAGUGACAAUGAUAAACUUCAGCAGGAACUUAGUGUACUUAAAUCAGAACAGAAUGAUUUAAGGCUACAAAUGGAAGCACAACGUAUAUGCCUCUCUCUGGUUUAUUCGACUCAUGUGGAUCAGGUUCGUGCAUACAUGGAAAAUGAAAAAGAUAAAGCUCUUUGCAAUCUUAAAGAGGAACUUAUUUUUGCUCAAGAGGAAAAAAUCAAGGAACUUCAGAAAAUUCACCAGUUAGAGAUACAGAAUAUAAAAACACAGGAAACAGAUGCCAGUCAUAAAAGCAAGUUAUCGACCCUGCAACAUAUUGAACAAAUUAAACAACUUGAAAGACAAGUCCAAGAAUUAGAAAAACUCAUAUUCUCUUUGCAGCAACAGUUGAAAGAAACUGAAGAAAACUAUGAGGCAGAGAUCCAUUGUUUGCAGAAAAGGCUUCAAGCUAUUAGUGAGUCCACAGUUCAGCCAAGCUUCUCCAUUGAUUCAGUCGUAAUUACUGAAUCUGAUGUACGGAAAACCAUGCAAACUGGAAAUUGUCUAAAACAGAACAUGGAUGGUACAACCGAGUUUUCAGGUGGUGGAUUUGAAGUGGAACAAGAAACAAAUAUGGUUAAGUUGUUGGAAAAACAGUACCAAGAACGAUUAGAGGAAGAAGUAGCUAAGGUCAUUGUGUCAAUGAGUGUAGCAUUUGCUCAACAAACUGAACUAUCUAGAAUAUCUGGAGAAAAAGAAAAUACUUCAUCAUCGAAAGAAGCACAUGCUCUUUGUCAACAAGAACAACAUUAUUUAAAUGAAACGAAAUUACUUCAGGGUCAGCUUGGUUUUCAGACUUUUGAGACAAUGGACAUGAAAUGUAAAGAAGAAUUUAAACCACUUAGUAAGGAGUUAGGAGAAGAUGGGAAGGAAGUUCUGUUAUCAAACAGUGAUAAUCUUGAUGACAUACUUGAAUCAAAGGACCAUGAACUGACUAUUUCAGAAGAACUGUUCUCCAAAGAUAAAACAUUUCUAGCCAGAGAAUCUGUCCAUGAGGAGAUUUUGGUAUCAAGCAUGGAUGCUUCUAGACAGCUAAUGUUAAAUGAAGAACAGUUGGAAGAUAUGAGGCAGGAACUUGUACGACAAUACCAAGAACAUCAACAGGCAACAGAACUGCUAAGGCAGGCGCACAUGCGCCAGAUGGAGAGACAGCGAGAAGACCAGGAGCAGCUACAAGAAGAGAUUAAGAGACUGAAUAGACAGUUAGCCCAGAGAUCCUCAAUAGAUAAUGAAAACCUGGUUUCAGAGAGAGAGAGGGUGCUUUUAGAGGAGCUGGAAGCACUAAAGCAGCUGUCUCUAGCUGGAAGAGAGAAGCUGUGUUGUGAGCUGCGCAACAGCAGUACGCAAACACAGGAGGAUAAUGAAAAGCAAGGGGAAGUUGAGGAACAGACCUUUAAUGAAAAGGAAUUGGACAGAAAACUUGAAGAUGUGCCUCCUGCUGUUCUGUCCAAUGAAAGGUAUGCACUCCAGAAAGCUAAUAACAGACUUCUGAAGAUCCUCCUAGAAGUUGUAAAGACAACAGCGGCUGUGGAAGAAACAAUUGGCCGCCAUGUCCUUGGCAUUCUGGAUAGAUCUAGUAAAGGCCAGUCACCUGCCAACCUGAUUUGGAGGUCAGAAGCAGAGGCACCUAUAAAGUCGUGUGUUCAUGAGGAACAUACAGGAGUUACAGAUGAGUCUAUACCAUCUUAUUCUGGAGGUGAUAUGCCAAGAAACGACAGUAGCAUGUGGUCAAAAGUAACUGAAGAAGGAACGGAGCUGUCACAGCGGCUCAUGAGGAGUGGUUUUGCUGGAACUGAAAUAGAUCCUGAAAAUGAAGAACUUAUGCUGAAUAUUAGCUCUCGACUACAAGCAGCAGUUGAAAAACUCCUAGAAGCCAUAAGUGAAACCAGUAGUCAGCUCGAACAUGCAAGAGUUACACAGACAGAGUUGAUGCGUGAGUCAUUUAGACAGAAACGAGAAGCGACAGAGUCCCUUAAGUGCCAAGAAGAACUGCGAGAGCGCCUCCAUGAGGAGUCCAGGGCCAGAGAGCAGCUGGCUGUGGAGCUCAGUAAGGCUGAAGGUGUCAUUGAUGGCUAUGCAGAGGAAAAAACCCUUUAUGAAAGGCAAAUUCAGGAAAAAGCGGAUAUCAUAGAUGGACUGGAGCAGGAGCUGUUAUGUGCAAGUAGCAGGUUACAAGAACUGGAAGCAGAGCAACAGCAGAUCCAAGAAGAAAGAGAAUUGCUGUGCAGACAGAAGGAGGCGAUGAAAGCAGAGGCAGGCCCAGUCGAACAGCAAUUAUUACAGGAGACAGAAAAACUAAUGAAGGAAAAAUUAGAAGUACAAUGUCAAGCUGAAAAAGUAUGUGAUGACCUUCAAAAACAAGUGAAAGCUCUAGAAAUGGAUGUUGAGGAACAAGUCAGUAGGUUUGUAGAGCUGGAACAAGAAAAAAAUGCUGAACUAAUGGAUUUAAGACAACAGAACCAAGCACUGGAAAAGCAGUUGGAAAAAACAAGAAAAUUUUUAGAUGAGCAAGCCAUUGAUAGAGAACAUGAGAGAGAUGUAUUCCAACAGGAAAUACAGAAAUUAGAACAGCAACUUAAGGUUGUACCUCGAUUCCAGCCUAUCAGUGAACAUCAAACUAGAGAGGUUGAACAGUUAACAAAUCAUCUGAAAGAAAAAACAGACAAGUGCAGUGAGCUUUUGCUCUCUAAAGAGCAGCUUCAGAGGGACAUACAAGAACGGAAUGAAGAAAUUGAGAAACUGGAGUUCAGAGUAAGAGAACUGGAGCAAGCCUUACUCAUUAGUACAGAUCCUUUCCAAAAGGUAGAGGACCGAAAACAAUUUGGAGCUGUAGAAGCUAAAGCAGAAUUGUCCCUAGAAGUACAAUUGCAAGCUGAGAGAGACGCCAUAGACAGAAAGGAAAAAGAGAUCACAAACUUAGAAGAACAGUUAGAACAGUUUAGAGAAGAACUGGAAAAUAAGAAUGAAGAAGUUCAGCAACUACACAUGCAAUUAGAAAUACAGAAAAAGGAAGCUACUACCCGCCUACAAGAACUUGAACAAGAAAACAAAUUAUUUAAGGAUGAAAUGGAGAAGCUGGGAUUUGCUGUAAAGGAAUCUGAUGCUACCUCUACUCAGGACCAACAUGUGAUAUUUGGGAAAUUUGCUCAAAUAAUGCAGGAAAAAGAGGUAGAAAUUGACCGAUUGAAUGAGCAAAUUACAAAACUUCAGCAUCAACUUAAAAUUACAACAGAUAACAAGGUUAUUGAAGGAAAAAAUGAACUGAUAAGGGAUCUUGAAACCCAAAUAGAAUGUUUGGUGAGUGAUCAAGAACGUGUGAAGAAAACCAGAGAGGAAGAAAUCGAGCAGCUUAAUGAAGUGAUUGAAAAACUUCAACAGGAAUUGGCGAAUAUUGAAGAGAAGACAUCAGUGCAUGUUAAUUCUCUUCCAGAAGAAGCAGAUAGUCUACAACAUCAGUUGGAGAUGGUGAUAGCUGAGAAACUGGCUUUGGAGCAGCAAGUAGAAACCACUAAUGAAGAAAUAGCUUUUAUGAAAAAUGAACUUAAAGAAACCAAUUUCAAAAUGAACCAGCUAACACAAGAAUUAUGCAGCUUAAAGAGAGAACGGGGAAACAUGGAAAAAAUCCAAAGUAUACCAGAGAAAAGUGUUAACAUGGCUAUAGAAGAUCUGAGGAAAAAGGAACCUGAAGAAGAAGAAGUCCUUACUGAGGAUGCUCUUCAACCGCUAGAAAGUCAGACUUACCUCAAAUCUUUUGAAGAAAACAGCAGAGUUUCCAUAAACAGUUUGGAAACAAAGGUACUACAACUUGAGAGCACUGUGAGUGCAAAGAACUUAGAACUUAGCCAGUGUUAUAACCAAAUAAAGGACAUGCAAGAGCAAGGCCAGGCUGAAACAGAAAUGCUCCGAAAGAAGAUCGUAGACCUGCAGGCUGCGCUUGAGGAAAAAGUUGCUGCUGCUGUCGUGAGUCAGGUCCAACUUGACGCAGUCAAGGAAUAUGCAAAACUCUGUCAGAGGAGACAAAGUUCAUCAGAGCCCGAAAGAACAAAUAUACAGACUUUAAAUCAACCAACAGAAAACGAGAUGGAGUCAAGUGUAUCAGCAUUAACCCUAAGAAUAUCAGAAUUAGAAAGCCAGGUGGUUGAAAUGCAGGCUAGUUUGGUUUUAGAAAAAGAACAGGUAGAAAUCGCAGAGAAAAAUGCGAUGGAAAAAGAAAAGAAGCUACUAGAACUACAGAAGCUAUUGGAGGACAGUGAGAAAAAUCAGGGAGGCAAAGAAAGGAAAAGAAGCUCUCAGGGAGAUUUUGAAGUUCCCAAGACAACUGAGCUAAUUCAUACCAAUGAAGAAAGUGGAUUCUUUGGUCAACUGGAGACUCUUAGAGCUGAGUCAGCAGCUACUAAAGAAGAACUGGCCAAUUAUAAAGAAAAGGCAGAAAAACUUCAACAAGAGCUUUUGGUAAAAGAAACGAAUAUGGCAUUUCUCCAGAAAGAUUUAAGCCAAGUCAGGGAUCAACUCACAGAGACAAAAGAGAAAUUAUCCUACUUCUUAGAAAAAGAAGAUGAGACUGAGGAACAAGAAAACAGAAAUAUCUGCAUAUUAGAGCCACUUCUUAUUAAAGAGGGUACAAGCACCGCAUCCCAGACAGACAGGACUCUCAGGGUGGAUAGCAGCAACCAGACUCCACAAGUCCGUGUUAGAAAUGCAGGAAUCCAAAUUGAUUUACAGAGUGAAUGUUCAUCAGAAGAAGUUACUGAAAUAAUCACUCAGUUUACUGAAAAGAUUGAACAAAUGCAAGAGCUACAUGCUGCUGAAAUUUUGGAUAUGGAAUCCAGACAUAUUUCAGAAACUGAAACCUUAAAGAGGGAACACUAUGUUGCUCUUCAGUUACUUAAAGAGGAAUGUGGUACCUUGAAGGCAGUGAUACAGUGUCUGAAAGCUAAAGAGGGAUCCUCAGUUCCUGAAUUAACACAUUCUGAUGGUUACCAGACUAGAGAAAUAUGUUCUAGUGAUUCUGGAUCAGACUGGGGUCAAGGAAUUUAUCUUACACAAAGUCAGGGAUUUGACUUGACAUCAGAAGGCCAAAGAGAAGAAAGCGAAAGUUCAACGGAUUCGUUUCCAAAGAAAAUAAAGGGAUUACUGAGAGCUGUUCACAAUGAGGGCAUGCAGGUACUCUCUCUCACCGAAUCUCCCUACAGUGAUGGAGAGGACCAUUCUGUUCAGCAAGUUUCAGAAUUCUGGCUAGAAGAGAGAAGAGCUUACAUCAGUACAAUCUCAUCUCUUAAGGACUUAAUUACCAAAAUGCAAGUGCAAAGAGAAGCUGAGUCUCAUGAAAACUUCUCAGACUGGCGAGGUGAACUUCUGCUUGCCCUGCAGCAAGUUUUCUUAAAGGAACGAAGUGUUUUACUCGCCGCAUUUCAGACCGAACUGGCAGCUCUGGGCACUAGAGAUGCAGCUGGACUAUUGAGCUGUUUGGAACAGAGAAUACAGGAACAGGGUGUUGAAUAUCAAGCAGCUGUGGAAUGCCUCCAGAAAGCAGAUAGGAGGAGUUUGUUAUCUGAAAUUCAGGCACUGCAUGCUCAGAUGAAUGGUAGAAAAAUGACUCUGAAAAGAGAAAAAGAGAAUGAUCAACCAAGCCAAGAACUCCUGGAACAUAACAUCCAGCAGAAGCAGUCUCAGAUGCUGGAGAUGCAGGUGGAGCUCAGCAGUGCGAAAGACAGGGCUGCAGAGCUGCAGGAGCAGCUGAGCUCUGAGAAAAUGGUGGUUGCUGAGCUGAAGAGUGAACUUGCACAGACUACGCUGGAACUGGAAACAACACUUAAGGCACAGCAUAAGCACCUGAAGGAAUUAGAGGCAUUCAGGUUGGAAGUUAAAGAUAAAACAGAUGAAGUACAUUUGCUUAAUGACACAUUAGCAAGUGAACAGAAAAAAUCCAGAGAGCUCCAGUGGGCUUUGGAAAAAGAGAAAGCCAAACUGGGGCGCAAUGAAGAGCGGGAUAAAGAAGAACUUGAGGAUCUGAAAUUUUCACUUGAGGGUCAAAAACAAAGAAAUAUUCAGCUGAGUCAACUUUUGGAACAACAGAAACAACUACUAAAUGAAUCACAGCAGGAAAUAGAAUCACAAAGAGUGCUCCACAAUGCCCAGCUAUCAGAAGAACGAGGUCGAAACUUAGAGCUUCAAGUACUUCUGGAAUCCGAGAAAGUUCGGAUUCGGGAAAUGAGCAGUACCCUGGACAGGGAGCGGGAAGUGCGCGCACAGCUGCAGCAGAGCAGUGAUGAGAGUGGGCAGCCUCGGCCCCUCUUGCCCUCCGAGGACCUCCUUAAAGAGCUGCAGAAACAGUUGGAGGAAAAACACAGUCGCAUUGUAGAACUGUUAAAUGAGACUGAGAAAUACAGACUGGAUUCCCUGCAGACAAGACAGCAAAUGGAAAAGGAUAGGCAGGUUCACAGGAAGACGUUGCAGACAGAGCAAGAGGCCAACACUGAGGGACAGAAGAAAAUGCAUGAGCUCCAGUCCAAAGUGGAAGAUCUUCAGCACCAGCUGGAAGAGAAAAGGCAACAAGUUUAUAAGUUGGAUCUUGAAGGAAAGCGACUGCAAGGAAUUAUGCAGGAAUUCCAAAAACAAGAACUCGAACGAGAAGAAAAACGAGAAAGAAGAAUUCUGUAUCAGAAUCUUAAUGAGCCAUCCACAUGGAGUUUAACCAAUGAUCGAACUAGAAAUUGGGUUCUUCAACAGAAAAUAGAAGGAGAGACAAAGGAAUCAAACUAUCCUAAACUGAUUGCAAUGAAUGGAGGAGAAACUGGCUAUAAUCAUGAAUUAGAAAUGAUCAAACAAAAGCUUCAACAUAUGGCUUCAAAACUGCAGCAUCUAGCCCAGAAAGCCUCCAGUCGACUGCAGUUCGAAACAGCAGAUGAUGAAGAUUUCAUUUGGGUUCAGGAAAAUAUUGAUGAAAUUAUUUUACAACUACAAAAAUUAACUGGCCAUCGAGGCAAAGAGCCUGCCUUAGUGUCCCCAAAUACAUCUUGUGGCUCAUUGACUGAAAGACUACUGAGACAAAAUGCUGACCUGACAGGACAUAUCCGCCAACUGACCGAAGAGAAGAAUGACUUAAGGAACCUGGUUAUGAAGCUGGAAGAGCAGAUCCGAUGGUAUCAACAGACAGGAGCUGGCAGAGAUUACUCUUCUAGGUUUUCAUUCAGUGGUGGUGCCAACAUUGAAGCCAUCAUUGCUUCUGAAAAAGAAGUCUGGAACAGAGAAAAGUUGGCUCUUCAAAAAUCCUUGAAGAGGGCCGAAGCCGAAGUAUACAAACUGAAAGCUGAACUGAGAAAUGAAGCUUUACUUCACAGUCUGAGCCCUGACCCUGAACAUGCCACUCUAAAGAGAAUUUAUGGUAAAUACCUGAGAGCAGAAAGUUUUCGGAAAGCUCUCAUUUAUCAGAAGAAAUACCUGCUGCUGUUACUGGGUGGCUUCCAGGAGUGUGAAGAGGCCACGCUGGCUCUACUUGCCCGGAUGGGCGGGCAGCCGGCCUGCACGGACCUAGAGGUGAUCACCAACCGUCCGAAGGGCUUCACCAGGUUUCGGUCGGCUGUCAGAGUGUCCAUGGCAAUUUCGAGAAUGAAAUUUUUGGUUCGACGGUGGCAUCGAGUCACAAGUUCUGGUUCCAUCAAUAUUAACAGGGAUGGACUGAAUCCAGGUGCUGAAAAGACUGACCUGUUUUAUCAUUCUCCCGGUGGACUGGAUCUGUACGGAGAGCCGAGACACACUACAUACCGCUCAAGAGCAGAUCUGGACUAUCCUAGGUCUCCUCUUCCAUUUCAAAAUAGGUACCCAGGCCCUCCAGCUGAUUUAAAUCCUGCUUCCUUAGCAUGUUCUCAGCUUCAGAAUUAUGACCCUGACAGAGCCCUGACAGAUUAUAUCACCCGGCUGGAAGCACUGCAAAGGCGCCUUGGAACUGUACAGUCAGGUUCUGCUCAUUUUCAUACUGGCAUGAGAAGAUAAUCCUUUGAAACAUCAUGACUCGAAGUGAUUUUAAGCAAAUUCCCUUUUGUAAACCAAUGGUUCUUUUGUGCUUUUGUAUUGCGGAUAUUCAAUGGGACCAACACGAACACAGCUUAUGAUUGUAUACAAAUCCCAGCCAGUACAUGAAAACAAACUGGAAUUUGUACAUAUUAAGCAUUGUGUAUGUAUUCAUGCACAAUAAUCGUUCAAUUACGUGUGUAUUUGUGGAAUGCUAAUUUAAAUGGUUAAAUUAUAAACCUGGUUGUAUUUAUCAAAUGGGUGAAAAGAUUAAACUUUUGCAUAUUAUGACACUGCUGAAUGUGUAGCUUGAGGUGUCCUGCACUUUUCUUACAAGGCUACUGAAGUUACCUGUUUCUGCCUAAUAUAUUUGCUACUGGUGAUGACGACAGAUAUCACUUGUAGAGACCUAUUUUUGUAUAAUGGUAGAAGUUUUGAAUUUUAUGGGGUAUUUUGUCAAGUACUGAAAUAAAAAUGACUUCGCCAUUUUAACCACA